AUGUACAGCUCAGGUGGUAGUGGAAGGGUCUACAGACACCUGGCCAGCUCAGGUGGUGGUGGAAGGGCCUACAGACACCUGACCAGCUCAGGUGGUAGUGGAAGGGUCUACGGACACCUGGCCAGCUCAGGUGGUAGUGGAAGGGCCUACAGACACCUGACCAGCUCAGGUGGUAGUGGAAGGGCCUACAGACACCUGGACACUUCAGGUGGUAGUGGAAGGGCAUACAGACACAUGGACAGCUCAGGUGGUGGUGGAAGGGCCUACAGACACCUGGACAUGUCGGUGGUGGUGGAAGGGUCUACAGACACCUGGCUAGCUCAGGUGGUAGUGGAAGGGUCUACGGACACCUGGCCAGCUCAGACACCUGGACAUGUCGGUGGUGGUGGAAGGGUCUACAGACACCUGGCGGCUAGCUCAGGUGGUAGUGGAAGGGUCUACGGACACCUGGCCAGCUCAGGUGGUGGUGGAAGGGCCUACAGACACCUGACCAGCUCAGGUGGUAGUGGAAGGGUCUACGGACACCUGGCCAGCUCAGGUGGUGGUGGAAGGGCCUACAGACACCUGACCAGCUCAGGUGGUAGUGGAAGGGUCUACGGACACCUGGCCAGCUCAGGUGGUGGUGGAAGGGCCUAUAGACACCUGACCAGCUCAGGUGGUAGUGGAAGGGCCUACAGACACCUGGACACUUCAGGUGGUGGUGGAAGGGCAUACAGACACAUGGACAGCUCAGGUGGUGGUGGAAGGGCCUACAGACACCUGGACAUGUCGGGUGGUGGUGGAAGGGUCUACAGACACCUGGACAGCUCAGGUGGUAGUGGAAGGGUCUACAGACACCUGGCCAGCUCAGGUGGUGGUGGAAGGGCCUACAGACACCUGACCAGCUCAGGUGGUAGUGGAAGGGCCUACAGACACCUGGACACUUCAGAUGGUAGUGGAAGGGCAUACAGACACCUGGCCAGCUCAGGUGGUAGUGGAAGGGUCUACGGACAACUGGACAUGUCGGGUGGUUUCAAAAGGGUCAUCCAUCAGGAGUAA